AUGUCCGGCUUUUAUCACGUUAACAUCCCACAAUUACCACCAGAUCCUCUAUUUGGUAUCAAGGCUAGUUUGGCCAAAGAUACACGUGAAAAUAAGGUAGAUUUGGGUAUUGGUGCAUACAGAGACGAUCAUGGUAAGCCAUGGAUCCUUCCCUCUGUCAAGUUGGCUGAGGAUUUGCUCCAUCAUUCUGCCGAUUACAACCACGAGUAUCUUCCUAUCUCCGGUUUGAAGAAGUUUACUGAGGAGGCUGCCAAAGUGAUUCUUGGUGAAGAGUCAAGUGCGAUAAAAGAGGACCGUGUAGUGUCUAUUCAGUCUCUUUCCGGUACUGGCUCGUUACAUUUGGCGGGCACUUUCAUCAAUAAGUUCUACAGAAAGAAAGAUGAUGCCAGUUUUAGAGCUGUGGUGUAUGUUUCGGAUCCUACGUGGUCCAAUCACAUGCAGAUAUUUUCCAGUUGUGGUCUUGCAACUACCAAAUAUCCAUACUGGAAUGAUGCCACCAAGCAGUUGAAGAUCGAUCAGUAUGUACAGGCUAUUGAGCAGGCACCGAAAGGUUCAGUGUUUUUACUUCAUGCUACAGCUCAUAAUCCUACAGGCAUGGAUCCUAAACCGGAGGAAUGGAAACGUAUCUUAAAAGCCAUCUCUGAUAAUGGACAUCUUCCAUUGUUUGACUGUGCCUAUCAAGGAUUUACCACUGGUUCUUUGGCCAAGGAUGCUUGGGCUUUGAGACACGCCAUUGAUUCUGGUGACUACCACUUUCCCGGUAUUCUAGUUUGCCAAUCGUUUGCUAAGAAUUGCGGUAUGUAUGGUGAGAGAGUGGGUGCUUUUCAUGUGGUUCUCCCGGAACAUGAUGAUGCUUUGAAUAGCGCCAUUCUCUCGCAGCUCUCUAAAAUUGUUCGCUCUGAGAUCUCUAACCCUCCAGGUUAUGGUGCCAAGGUGGUUUCUCUAAUUUUGACUACCCCACAAUUGAAGAAGCAAUGGGAACGGGAUUUGAUUACCAUGUCUUCGAGAAUUAUGGGCAUGAGAAAGCAGCUUGUGGUCGAACUACAAAGAUUAGGUACCCCUGGUUCUUGGAACCAUAUUACGGAACAGAAAGGUAUGUUUUCGUACACUGGUCUAACUCCUAGCCAAACUGAAAAGUUGGCACACGACUAUGCUAUCUAUAUGUCUAAAAAUGGUAGAGCCAGUAUUGCAGGAUUGAAUCCAGGCAAUGUGAAGUAUGUUGCAAAGGCAAUUGAUGACGUGAUUAGAAGUGAGCUAUGA